AACAUCUUUCAAAGCUUUAGUCUUCAUCAUUUUUCUUCUAUCCGUAUUCUCUCCAUUCAACAUCAAAAAAAUGGUGGCUCUUCGCAUAUUAAGUAUCCCAUCAAAUCCUGCAAAUAUUCUCCAACAGUCCACUUAUAUUCCAUCCCAAAAAUGAAAAAGUUCAAGGAAAAAAACAAUUCUUAAUUCUAAACUAUUAUCCUAAUUGUAAUUUUUAAAUAUUCUAUACCUUUCACCAAUUUCUGACAUUUAUCCAAAUUUUUUAAUUUUUUUUCAGCUCACUAGUUAACUUUUUAAUUUUUUUAAAUAUAAAUUAGACGAGAAAAAGAUUAAAAAAAAGUGAAUCAAACCCACGACUUAAAGAGAUUGGGAAGGCUAGGGGAGGGGCCAUAAGAAUGAAAUCAAGUAGCACCUACUAUAACCGAUAUAAAACCUAAUUCUCAAAUAUUUAAUUAUAUAAUUAAUUUCUUUUUAUUUUCUAUUUUAAGAAAUUUCUUUUAAUAGUUUUGCAAUCAUGGGGAUUUCCUUAGAAUUUUGAGUUCAUAUUCUUGAAUAAUUUUUUCUAUUCAUGAGGUCUCAGGAAGCUCCAAUCAGGGUCUCCUAGACCAGAAAUUGUUCUAUAAUAAAAAAAAUAAAUAAAUUUGGGUUCAUCAAAUUAUUCUUGUAUUUGUUGGAUUUCUGGUCUGGGUUUCCUCUGAACUAAUUAAUUAAUUAUUCCCACCUUUGAUUUAUUCAAAUUUGAUUAAUUUGUUUGUUUAUUCUCCUUGUACCAAAUCUUAAACAGAAUACACUUUCAACUUUCAAUCAAUAAUCCUUGCAUUUCCCAACAUGGAAUUAUUUCUUUUCAAUUUCUUUUGAUCAUCUUUGUAUUUUCUUCUAACAAUAACCCAUUUGAUUUUUUUAUUCAUUUGAUUAUUUCAUUCUUUACUUAAACCAUCUGGGUUGCAUUUGGCUUUGACUUUAAAUUUCUCAAUCAGAAAUUCAUCCUACAUUGCCAUAUUGGCAAUUCAAAUUCUUUCAUACAUUAUAUUAUUGUUGGUUGGGAUUGUUGGUUGAAUCUUUUGUUGUUAGGAGAAUUCAAUAGAUAAACCUGUUAGAAUUUGAUGCAUUGUGGUUGGUUUUGUUGUUUUGACCAAAUUAAAGGGUGCCCAUAUUGGUUUAAAGGCCAUUAAAGGGUGUAAUUUGAUGCUUUUAAUGCUACAAUUUAUGCACAUAAACUGUUUGUAGAAAGGUGGCUUGAAAGGGAAGAUUAUUUGUAGUAUGGGCUGUAUAUGUUCAAAGGAACCAUCUUUAAACAAAUAUGGUAAUGAUGAUCAAAGAGAGGUGAAUAAGUCUCAAGUACAUUUGCUUCCCCCAACAAAAAGAGAUGAUGGUGAAGGGUCAACCAGGAGUAGGCCCCCAUCAAGAGUACCAUCUGCAACCAAUCAUUCAGGUUCUCUUAGUGGUUCUAGCAGAGCACCAUCAAAGGUCAAUUCAGGUUCUCUUGCAAAUGGGUAUUCAAAUUCUCAUUCUAAUAAACAAAUGGAUGAUCAUCAAGGGGAGAAAACCAAGACAAUUAUUGUGGAAAGACCUUCAUCAAAAGGGUCUCAUCAUAGAAGGGCAACUGUGGAUUUGGGGAUUAAUGGAGGUCAAAAGCCCAUGUCUAGGAUAACUAGUAUGCCUCGAGGCCCUCAUGGCGAGCAGGCUGUUGCUGGAUGGCCGUCUUGGUUGAGCUCUGUCGCCGCUGAAGCCAUCCAAGGGUGGAUGCCUAGAAGGGCAGAUUCAUUUGAGAAGUUGGAUAAAAUUGGACAAGGGACUUACAGCAGUGUGUACAAGGCCAGGGACCUUGAAACGGGGAAAACUGUCGCUAUGAAGAAAGUAAGAUUUGUAAACAUGGAUCCGGAAAGUGUUCGCUUCAUGGCUAGGGAAAUACUUAUACUACGCAAGUUGGACCAUCCAAACAUCAUGAAGCUUGAAGGUCUUGUUACUUCAAGGAUGUCAGGAAGCUUGUACCUUGUGUUUGAGUACAUGGAGCAUGAUCUAGCUGGACUUUUAGCAAGACCGGGAAAUAAGUUCACAGAAUCACAGAUAAAAUGCUACAUGCAACAACUUCUCUCAGGACUAGUGCAUUGUCAUAGUCGCGGAGUCCUUCACAGAGACAUAAAAGGUUCUAACCUUUUAAUCAACAACGAUGGUGUGCUCAAAAUCGGAGAUUUUGGUCUGGCAACAUCCUUUAAGCCCGGCCAAAAGCAACCAUUAACAAGUCGAGUUGUAACUUUGUGGUAUAGAGCACCUGAACUUUUGCUGGGUUCAACCGAGUAUGGAAUCGCAGUAGAUAUGUGGAGUGUGGGUUGCAUAGUUGCAGAACUAUUUGCUGGGAAGCCCAUUAUGCCCGGAAGAACAGAGGUUGAACAAAUGCACAAGAUUUUCAAGCUUUGUGGUUCACCAUCUGAAUCUUACUGGAAGAAAACAAAAUUUCCACAUGCAACUAGUUUUAAACCUUCACAACCUUAUAAGCGUCGUCUCAUGGAAACAUUCAAAGACUUUCCUUCCUCUGCUUUAGCACUUGUUGAUGCCCUUCUUUCCAUUGAGCCAGAGAAAAGAGGAACUGCCUCAUCUGCAUUAAAGAGCGAGUUCUUCACAACAUAUCCACCUCCAUGUGAUCCAUCGAGCUUGCCAAAAUAUCCUGCCACUAAGGAAUACGAUAUAAAGCUCAGAGACGAGGAGGCCAAAAGAAAGAAGGCGGAGGCUGUAAAAGGACGAAGGCCCGAGUCAGUUAGGAGAGGUCAACGGGAAUCCAAGCCGACCCCAGAGUAUGAUGCUGAUGGAGAUGUCUCUUUACAGGGUCAAAAGGGUUCGAGAAAUUACAAUCCUCAAGGAAAUGGUGUAACUGCCUAUACAGUUGACGCACAAAGGCGAAACACAGGCAAUGGACUGUCACACUGUACUACAAUGGUUCACCCAAGCUCCAUUGGAACCACAUGGAAUAAGAAAGCAAAGGAUGAGAAUGAUUUUCACCAUGCCCCCGGAAAGACUCGUAGCUCUUACAAAAAUGGGCCUGAAUCGAGGUCUCUAAAACCUGUUAUGGCUCCAGCAGAAUCAGACUUGUCAAAUAUUUCUUACGGAAGGGAUGAUUGGGCUUCUUCCAAAGAAAACGGUUACAUGCCUAAGAAGAACAGGAUCCAUUACUCCGGACCACUUAUUCCUCCUGGGAAAAAUCUUGAAGAUAUGCUUAAAGAACAUGAGAAGCUAAUUCAACAGGCUGUUAGGAAAUCACGCAUGGAGAAAUCCAAAAACUCGCACCAAGUAUGAUUUAGAGGAGGUUCAGUAGCUACUUUGUGAUGGAAAACAUCGGCUGGGUAACUUGUAAGCAACCGAAAAAGUCUCUCCUUGUUAGUUUUUGGUACCGAACUAUCGUGGCAGAUCCUAUGGGACCCUAAAGGAGCUCAAGACGGCUUUUGACGAAGAUAUUUACGCUUUAAAUCCAUUGACUAACCAGUAUUGAAACAAAGCACCAUUGCAGAAAACAGGGUUGAAAUUUUGCUUUGCCUGGUUUGCUAAAGUAUAUGGAAUGGGAGACUUUAUUUGUAAAUCAAAAGAGUAAAUGUAGAGUGGUAAACCCAAGUCUAUACAUGUAAUUACAAUGCAGAGUGCUGAUCUAUAUGUCCAUAUUUACCUUCAUGGCCAUUAUUUAUGCUUGUUUCUUGUAUUUGCUGUAUAUCGUAUCGUCUUGGCACAUUAUUAAAAGGUUGGAAAUAUUAACCCAUUAACAUCGA